ACAGAUGGAGGCCGGAGCAGGGCGCCACGAGGCAACCAGAGAGAAGUGCGAGCUCCUCCCUCUCCUCCGACCCGCGCCGCCGCCUAUAACGACCACUUCACGUGGCCUAUCCUUCUCCCCCUUUUUGUUCCUCGCCUAAACCACCACAAGCAUGGAGGCCAAGAAGUCGCCGCCCACCCCUGCCUCCACCGGAUCGGCGGCGGCGGGGAACGGAUACUUCAGCUCCGUCUUCUCCGCGUCGCCUGCGGCAAAUCCAAGAGACGCCAGGCAGAUGGACCUGUACACGAUGCUGAACAAGCAGAACCCCAAAGGGCAGAGCGGUGGGGGCACUGCAGAUGGCAAAUCCCAAGGAAGCCCUGCUAAAGGUCGUGUUGCUUACAAAGAUGGAAAACAAUUUUACCCAAACGAGUCCUCAGAGUCGCCUUAUUUUGGUUCGUCUGUGCAUUACGGCGGCCGGGACUUCUAUGACAGCUCUCCACACAAGCAGGCCAAUGAAUCAUCGAGAAAUUAUAAGGAGGAUAACACGGAUGGCUCCCUGGCUACCAGAGGUGAUUGGUGGCAAGGUUCACUGUACUACUAAAUACUUUGCAGUGGACUCUCCUAUUGUGAACAAGGAAUAAAAAGGAGCAGGUCGAGCUGGUAGGCUGUAGAGUUGACAUGAGUCAUCAGGCAUAAAAAGAAGAAGUCAUAGUGGGGCUACAUCUGUUCUGUCGGUGAUGGCAGUAUUUAGAUGCAUCAGUCACCUGGACAGAUGUAGACAUAUAUAUGUAUUUCCCUUUUGUUUGCCCUAUGUUACCUGAUUUGAGUGCUGAAGUGUAAUGGGACUGGCAGGGCAGCAGCAAAAGCAGGUCCUACGAAACGUUGCUGCUCUUUUGCAACUGCAACGGACUGGAUCGCUUGCUGCAUGCUUUAUGUAUCCUUGCCCAUGGUGUGUUUUAGGAAUAUUUGGAUUUGCACAUCUGUUUCAGUCUAGCAUUUGCUUCCUGAGUGAAUCAUGAUAUGAACUUGUGACAAUGGUUGCUAUUA